AUGGCAAGCUCUGAAAGUGCAGGGUCUGGAAACAAUGGCUUGCUUAGAAGCAAAAGAUUCGAAAUGACGCAAUGCAGAGCCCUGGACUUGCAAAAAGCUUCGAAGGAGGGGCCAGAGGGAAAUGAGUUCAUACAAGCAAAACUAUUUCAAUACAAAAUCAUUUUUGGCAAGCUGCAGUUACCAUUACGAAAUAGAGAAGACGUCAGAGACUUAUUUGAGGAAAUAUUCAAGCAACAUAAGCCUCAAAGCACCUCAUGGACAUCCGACUACUACUCUUGUAUCAUUUCUACUGAUCCUCUUUACAGCGAAUGCUCGGAGGAACAGGGCUCUGCCAUAUCUAUUGGAUACGAGCAAACUAUCCAACUCAAUGAUCGAAAGCAAACAAUAAAAAUGACCAGUACUCUUUACUUUGAAGGUUUUUUUGCCAUAGAUUCUCUCAGAAGUUAUUUGCGACCAAGAAGAGCUUCAACUCAGCAGUCAUCAGACACGAGUCUUUCAAGACAGGACGGAAACUACUUGCCUCUUGAGGACCUUAGAGCCCUGAACCUCAUCUCAUGGGACAUAAUAAACAGUUCUUCCUUCAAAGGAGGUCGAGUUGGAAAAAAGUUUUAUCCUCAUUGUAACCCGAGACGGAUUGUCAAUCGAUCGAACACCAGGUUCAUCCCUCCUCAGCAUUAUGUGUACGAUGUACAUAUGGGCUUCUUUACGUCCAUGCUUCCUGGCCCCCAAUCAAUACUUCUCAACGUAAACACAACCACAACGGCUUUCUUCCCUUCCAAGAUGAAUUUGCAAACUUGGUUAGAUGCGCGCUGGGGAAACUCGUCUAGUUAUACCGGUGUUGCUCCGCGAACUGGAAAAAAUGAAAUCAAGGGAGUGCAAGUAACUUUCGAUUUGGAUCAAGUCUCCAGAAAAUAUGUCAUCUCGGAUGUGCAUGAUUUGUGUGUUUUUAAGGCGAAUUCAGGAGUAUCACCUCAAAAUGAUUCUUCAAAAUCGGUCUGGGAGGACAUGCAAAGUUGCUACCCUGGUUCCGCUCACAAAUUCAGCAAGACUGCUUCUUGUGUCAAUGUUGGAAAUAGUUCUCAUCCAAAACUAUUGCCAGCAGACCAUCUACGGAUUUGCGAGUGGCAAACAGUCCAUGGGGAAUUAGACAAUCUAUUCACUGCGCAAAUGUUAGGAUUCGCGAAGAAAACGCCUUUUGAAAAUGAACAAGAGAUAAUGAACAAAGCUUUCAUACCACUGGGCAUAAAACCCCCGGUUUCUCAGAUUGUGCCGUGGAAAUCUCUAUAUGAGUUCGCAGAGGCUCUCGCAACUCAACUGAAAGGACAUGGCCUUCAGACACAAUCUUUCAAAGGGAACGUACCCACCGUUGCCUGGCCAAAAGUAAACGAAGAGAAAAAGCCUUUCAAAUCUGCGGCCGAGAGACGAAAAGUAGUCAACGGUCUUCUAACUACUUGUUUGAAGAGAGGUAACAUGACCCGUCUCGUAUUUGUGAUAUUACCCGAUAAAGACGCCGCGAUCUACUCUGAUAUAAAAUGGUGGGGGGAUUGCAAUCUUGGUAUAGCGACGAUUUGUGUUUGCCCACCAGCGGUGAGAAACAAAAGUUCUGGUAUUCUAAACAACUUGAGCCUCAAAGCUAAUUUCAAGCUUGGUGGUAUAAACCAUAUCAUAAGUGAUGUCAAAGAACCAUCGGAACUCAUCCGGUCCAUCCGAAAUGAUUCCCUAAUGAUUUUCGGUGCUGAUGUUAAUAGUCGGCUCUCAUAA